AUGAGACGGUGGCUACUGUUUCCACCGAAUAUUAUUAUUAUUUUUCGUAAGUUAUCAGAAAUAAUUAAUUUUUUAAUUUUUAUAAUAAUUCCAGUGAUAUUUUUGAAUAAAUGUCAAGGAUAUUGUGAAGAAGAUGCUUAUUGUGAUGAAUGUGAUUUGAUUAAAAUUGGACAACCUUGUAAUCAUAAUGACAGACUUCCAGUUUAUGAAUGUAAUAAUGAUACAAAGUUAGUAAAUAUUUUUGGGCAUCGAAAAAUGAUAUAUUUUUGUUUUAGGAAAGUGGAAUAUCACUCUUCAAAAUAUUUCAUGUGCAUUGAUGGAGAGGUAAGAAAAACUAGACAGGGGACAUGUUUUAAACUUUUAUGUGAGAAAAUGGGACAUGUUUUAUCUGACAAAAAUUCUAGAUCAGCUCAGUUUUCCAAAUUUUUUCAGUGAAAAAAUAAAAUCACUUCAAAAAAGAUUCUGAAAUUGAUAUUUUCAAGCCUAACUAACGGCUUAGGCUUGGGCUUUAAUUUCAGAUUGAUUUAGAAUAUCCGGGCUCGAAUCUAGGACAUCUCUUCUGAGAUUCUGAUCUAUCUGAUCUAGGAUUGUUAGCCAAACCUUCGGACUUCUUUUUAAAAAAAUUAGAUCUUCCGACUCGGCGUGAAAAUUUGGUCACUAUGCUAUUAUAGAAGUCAGAUCCAUGUUCUAACAAACAUAUAGAUUACAAAAAUAUUCUAUUUACACAACUUCUCGCUAAAAAAAAAUACAAAAUUAGUCAUCACAUGAAAAAUAAACAAAAUCCAUACAUAUUUUUAGACAAUUCAAUUCGAUUGCUCAUAUCGAAAUAUGCCUCCAGCAAUUUUCAAUCAAAUCACAAGGGAAUGUGUGCAAGAAGAAUCGGAGAGUAAUUAUAAUCAUAUAAGAAGGAGAAAGAGAGCAGUUACAGGUUUGGAAUGAGCAAUGAAUGUUAAAUUAAAAAUUAAAAAUUGACGGAAUUCAGGUUCAUCGCGAGUUGGUGAUGUUUGUGCAUUCAAUACUGAUUGUCAACGUGGAAUGUUUUGUGGCGGAGGAGUUUGUAGUUGUUUGAGUGAUUUUGUAUCAAUCUCACAACAUUGUUGGCCAAGUAUGUCAAAAUGGGAAAAUAUUUAGAGGCUGUACUAAAGUUCAAUAUAAUUUUCAGAAGUGAACCCUGGUGAAUCAGGUUGUGUUGAGACUCGUCAAUGUGAAGCUGUUUGGCCUGGAACACUUUGUAACAGUGCUGGUUUAUGUGAAUGUCCAAAAGAAACAGUUCCGAGUCGAACUCGCGAUGGAACUGUUUGUAUUUCGUCUUUGAUUCCACCAUCUUGUCCUCUGCCAGAACCUCACAAUGGUAAUCCAAAUCCGGCUACAAUUUUAGCCAAUCCAACUUCUCAUCCGCUUAAUCCGGGAAAUUAUAUGUAAGUUUUUUUAGUCCAGCCAAUUAUUAUACUAGUUGAACAAAAAAAAUCGUAGGCCAGUGUUAUGUAAUUCGCUAUCUUCGGAAACGCAUAAUUCAAAUGGUGGAGAUGGUUCAACAUGGUGUAUUUAUCCAGACGGUGAAACUGAUAUUUAUAUCGCCGAUAUUUAUAAUUGUAUUUCACAUCCUCAAGUCAACAAUGAAUUAUUCGGAGAAUAUUCGGAUAAAGUCGAUGGAAUCUGUUGUCAUAAUCGAGCUUAUGUAUGUAUUCAACCAUUAGAAUCUGGAGAUGAACCAUCAGUUCCAAGAUGGUGGUAUAAUUCGGCAACUGGCACAUGUGUUCAAUUUAUGUGGGAUCCGGAUACAAUCACAAAUGCUUCACCGAAUAAUUUCCGAAGUGCUGAACACUGUGAAUCAUACUGUAGAGAUAGUAAGUAACCUUAUCUUAUCAGGGAGAAAAAAAAACUAGUUUUUCUACAGCUUGCCGACGAGGUGCUCCAGAAUUCGCUGCCUCCAAAUACUCCAUCCUCGACGAAGUUCCUCGUACAAAUUGUCUCUCAUCAACUUCUCGUUGUGAUUCGGAACAUCAAUGUACUCUGAUCGGUUCGCAACAAACUUGCUGUCCAACAGCUGCACAUAUUUGCAGUGCUGUUGGUGGCCGAUUCCAUCCAACAAAACCCGUGGAAAAUUUUGAUCGUGGAUAUCAAAUUGCUGGACAGUAAGAGAGAACUUUUUUUGAAAAAAAAACAAAAUACAAAUAUAUUUCAGCAAAUCAGUCACUCGUUAUUAUUAUGACAUCGAUCAAGGAAGAUGCGUCAAUUUCUUAUUCCACGGUUUGGGAAAUUACAAUAACUUCCUAACAAAACAAGAUUGUGAAUCAUUCUGUUCAAAAUGUAAGAUACAACUAUAUAUCACCUAUGAAUCUUGUUGAUUUCAGUAGUUUGUGAGAAUGGAAAUCCUCUUCGAAUUGGUGAAGAAUGGCAAAGAUGUGAAACCAACGCAGAUUGUCCAUCUUCUCAUUCUUGUCAAGGAUCACAUAAAGUAUGCUGCCCCACAGAACGUAAGAUUUCCUUAUGAAUCUUUAAAAAACAACCAAUUUUUUUCGUUUUCAGAAUCUUUGUGUACUCAACCAAAACGACUUGGUGAUUGUACUUCUGCAGUUCGAAGAUAUUGGUAUAAUGCAGCAACCAGAUCAUGUGAAAUGUUCCAAUUCACCGGAUGUCAAGGGAAUGACAAUAACUUCCCGAGUUUAGUAGCUUGUCAACAAAAAUGUAGAGGGAUCAAUAGUAAGUUCACUGAAAAAACCAAUUGUAAAUCUGAAUGGCUUGUGAUAUUUUCAGUCGAGCCAAAAUGUCAAAAUGGGCGAGCAUUCCGAGAUCGAAAUGGUAACUUCCAACAAUGUUCCGACAAACAAAACGGGCCGAAAUGUCCAGUUAAUUAUGUUUGCUUUUUCGAUGGAACAACUAAUGGAUGUUGUCCAACAAAAGCAUUCACAUGUUCAUUGAAUCCUGAUAAAGGUGUUCAAUGUGGUUCAGGAAGAUCCUACAGGUAAUUUUUCAAGAGAAGAUCUGGAAGUGUCUGAAUCCUUUUUAGAUAUUAUUUCAACUCAAACAAACAAACUUGCGAAUCUUUCCAAUAUGAAGGUUGUGAUGGAAAUUCCAACAAUUUCCUAACUUCUGAAGAUUGUCAACAUUUUUGUGGUGUUGGCGGUUGUCCAAAUGGAGGAAUGCCACUUCGAGAUGAAACAACAAAUCGACCAAUGCAAUGUUCUGAUCAAAAAUCUUGCCCUUCGACUCACGAAUGUUUGACAAUUCCAGCCAAUGGAAAUGUUGGAAAUAGGUGUUGUCCGACAAAACAACACAUUUGCAGUCAGCCUCCACAACAAGGAAAUCAUUGCUCAAAAAUAUCAGUUUCUCGAUAUUAUUUCAAUAUUGUAACAAGAGUGAGUAUUUCUUUAAAAAAUGAAAUUAAUUUUAAACAAUUCAGGAAUGUGCAACUUUCCAAUACAAUGGUUGCAACGGAAAUCUGAACAACUUUGCGACUCAAUCAGAAUGCAACAAUUUCUGCAGUUCAGCAGGUUGUGCAGUCGGAGAAGUCACAUACAAAGAUGUGAAUACCAAAAAAGCCUAUGAUUGUAAUAAUGUACUAAUCAAUAGUUGUCCAGCUAAUUUCAAUUGUCGUUUCAAUUCUUUGACAUCCGGUUAUGUUUGCUGUGGUUCAACGAGUAUGGGUGAGUUCGAAAAGAGCUACUGUGAAUUCUAAGUUAUCCAAAGUCCCUUUGAGCAAUUUCUGAAUAUUUUCUUCAGAUGUUUGUCCAAAUGAAGAGCGUGCUUUCAUCAAUGCAUUGGACGAAUCAGUUCGAGAAUGUGCAAUUAAUAUCCCAGGAAGUUGUCCAGCCGACUUUUUAUGCAGAUUCAAUGCUCAAAGAAAUCGAUAUUAUUGUUGCGCACCAACAACUGAAAGUAAGUUUCAGAAAGACCUUGUGGUUUCAGAUCCCUAAUUCAAUUUGCAGAUGUUUGUCCGGAUGGCCGUGCACUUUUCCGAGCAAAGAAAACAUUGUUACCAACUCGAUGCACAUUGAAUACACCAAAUUCCUGCCCGGACGGUUAUUCAUGUCAAAGUAGAUCGAAAAAUGUUCUUCAAGGAUUCUGCUGUUCAGCAAGAAGUUUGUCAAGUUUGAAAUGAGGUUUUUAUAAAAUCGGUUUCAGAUAUCUGCAAAGCUGAUUCGGAAUUUUUGAUGGAUGAAAAAUCGAAAAUGCCAAGAAUCUGUACACCGGGCGCAUUUAUAUCUUGUCCAAUUGGUUAUCGAUGUCAUAAACAAACACCAUCUUCAAUGAGUGGAUUUUGUUGUAAAGGAGAGAUUAAUGCAAUUUCAGAAGGAUGUCCGCCAGGAGAAUAUGCGUAUACAAGAAAACAAGAAAUUGUGGCGUGUGAUCCUUUCAAUCCAGAAAAUAAGGGAUGUCCUUCAACUUUCAGGUACUAAUUCUAUUAUUUUGUAAUUAUAUCUCUAAUUUUUCAAAAUUAAGUUGUCAAUUCGCUGUCGCAUUUCAAAGAUAUCAAUGUUGUGGAAAAGAUCCGAUCGAAGAAGAUGAAAUUGAACAAGAAGGUAUAUAAUCUCCCCCACUUUUAGUUGAUCUUGAAAAGUAUUUGAGUACAAGUAGCGGGUAGUAUCAAUUCUAUUUGCAUUGUACUUUUGUCCGUUGAGCAGGUGUAAGCUUUUUGGAUGGUAGUACUGGUCAGUUAUUGUUUGGGUAACGCGCACACCACACACAGACAACACACACACAAGGAAGAAGCUCAGCGCGGAGAGCACGACAAACAAAGAGCCGGGGUUACUCCUAUCAUCAAUCAGAUUUUUUUGAUGGGGUUUACUCUAUUUACAUACUUCUUACAUAUCAAAAAAAAAAUGAGCAACAAUAGGAUUUGAGGUCGUUUAGAAACAAAGAAGAAAAGGAUUAAUUUUAAGAAUUCAAUCAAAUGUUUUUUUCGGAUUGUGUUUUGAACACGAAAAACCAUGAGGAUAGCUAUAACAAAAAAACUUUCUUAUAGAACUUGGAUGUCCACACUCACAAGUUGCAUUAGUUCAAAACAAUCAUCCAGUAGUUUGCACGGCUUCUGGUGGAUCUUGUCCAACUGGAUAUUUCUGUCAAUUCUCGGAUAGAAACAAACAAUUUCAAUGUUGCGGACAUAAAGCGGGUUGUCCUGGAGAAUCAGUUGCUUAUAUUGAUCUAACUGGAGAAGCUCAAGAAUGUUCGACUAAAGUUGGAAAUUGUCCAAUGGGAUAUGCUUGUCAAACAUCAAAAAGUGGAAGAUCAACUUGUUGUACUAUAAUGAUAAAGGUAAAAGGACUUUGCGGAACCUGAAUCAUAGAAAAAUUUCAGAGUAACCGUGAUAAACCAAUGCUGAGUUCUUCAACCUCGACAUCUACAACUCAAGAAAUCACAUCAACGACACUUUGGCCUACAAUCGAAGAUAACAAAGCUACCCCAACCUUAACAACUAACUCCACAAGAAUGCCAUUAGAAAAAUUAACAAGUGGAAAAUCGCUAUGUCCUCCAGAUACAGUUCUGAUAAACGGGGAAUGCAAGUGAGUGAAAAUCAAUUACGAUUCAACCGAAAAUUAAAAAUUUCAGAAUUCGUGGAGCAGUCGGUUCAAUUUGCUUACUAUCUUCUCAAUGCACUUCAGGUGCUGAAUGUGUUGGACAAAUUUGUAAUUGUUCCAAAAAAUUCAAAGAAAUGGAAGGGAGAUGUAUUCAAAUCAUCGAUGAAGAAAUGAUAAUUGAUGUUGUCGCAGAGAAGAAAAAUAGUUGUAAAGAAGAUCAAAUCACCAAAAACAAUACUUGUUAUGAUAAAACAACGACAAUUGGUGGAAUCUGCGAAAUUGAUGAACAAUGUCAAAAUGGAACACAGUGUAUUGAGAAACUUUGUAAAUGUGCGCAAGGAAGUUCACCAUUCAAAGAUCGAUGUCUAAGUAAGCACAAAAUGAAGCAGAUAUUAUGAAUCUAGGAAACAUUUUCAGAUAACAUUAACAUUUGCGAAGCCCCUCGUCAACCAGUAAUAUCAACAAACUAUACACUCAUCCAAUGUGCCAAACAAAAAUGUCCAAAACCAGCAGCAUGUGUUUAUUCAAAACUUAUCGGUUCUUAUGUAUGUUGUUCAAUCGCGCCAACAACUCUAUCAUCAAAACCAAUAUCUGGUAGACCAGUAAUUAGUCGACCAGUGGUGAUAUCAGGUCGACCAGUUAUUGCAAAAGGAGGUCGACCGGUGGUUUCAACAACAACUGGCAAAUACAUCUGCCCCGAUGGUCGACAACCAAUGUUAUUCCCACAGAAUAAUAUGCCAUUAGUUUGUAAUCCUGUGAAAGGUUGUCCUCAAGGAUAUACCUGUCAGAAUAAAAUGUGUUGUCCGAACGGGCGAGUUAAACGAUCAGAAGCUUGUCCACGUGGAUAUUUGAUGGUAGUUCGACAAAAUCGAACAUCUUGUGGUAUGUUUUUUGGUUUAGAGAAGAGAUGUCUCAUUCAAAAAGUUUUUUCAGAGAGACAGCAACGAUGA